GCGUUUUAUCUUUGCGGGGACUCACAGAACGGGGUAAACGAAUUGCGAGUCUCAAAAUAAUCUGCCUUUCCACGGAGUCUGGUUGAUUUUCGACCCAGAUUUCCACCCGUUGGAAACAGUAAGUUCAUUUAGAGAUUUGAAGGUGCGUUCCACGAUGGACAACAUAACCGAUCUAGAUGCUGUUACUUACCAUCAGGCACAACAGCAACACCAUCAUCAACAACAGCAACAACAACACCACCAUCACCAACAACAACAACAACAACAUCAUCAUCAGCAGCACCAUCAGCAUCAACACCAACUUCACCAACAACAACAACACUCCCCACACCAUCACCAACAGCAGCAACAGCAACCGUCGGUGACAUCGAUAACCUCCCAACAAGUACCCCAGGUGGGAUUGGGCUCAGUGGGCUCCAUGGGUUCAAUACCCAAUCCACCUGUAAGCUCAGUUACAUCACCUGGCAUGGUGAUCGGUUCCCCAGGCUCUAUGAUGACUCUUUCUCCUGCCAUGUCGUCAAUGACUUCCCCAGUGAUGGCAAUGAACUCUCACAUGCACAUGGGAAUGCAACAAGAGGACAUCAAGCCAAUAAUUACACCACAGGGAAUGGCACGGCCGUUACAGUCUCCGAUUACGCCACCAACACCCACCUCUCCUGCCUCGCACACGUUAAACAAGACAGUCUGUGCUGUUUGUGGGGACAGGGCAUCAGGGAAACACUAUGGCGUCUAUAGCUGCGAAGGAUGUAAAGGCUUUUUCAAACGAACAGUUCGAAAAGAUUUGCAUUACGCCUGCCGGGAUGAGAAGAACUGCAUCGUUGACAAAAGACAGCGCAACCGUUGCCAAUAUUGUCGAUAUCAGAAAUGCAUUGCUAUGGGGAUGCGCCGAGAAGCUGUUCAGGAAGAACGGCAGCGCAAAGAUAAAGCAGGCGGUGAUGGUGAGGUAGAAAGCACAAGUAAUGCUAAUAGUGACAUGCCGGUGGAGAAGAUCCUGGAGGCAGAGAUACACGUCGAACCCAAAACAGAUACAUACGUAGAUACACCGAACGAUCCAGUCACCAAUAUAUGCCAAGCAGCAGAUAAACAGUUAUUCACUUUGGUUGAAUGGGCAAAGAGAAUUCCACACUUUACAGAACUUCCUUUGGAUGAUCAAGUUAUUUUACUACGGGCAGGUUGGAAUGAACUGUUAAUCGCAGCUUUUUCGCAUCGCUCUAUCGCUGUUAAAGAUGGAAUCUUAUUAGCUACUGGUUUACAUGUGCACAGAAACAGCGCACACAGUGCCGGAGUAGGUACUAUCUUUGACCGUGUACUCACCGAACUGGUGGCAAAAAUGAGAGAAAUGAAGAUGGAUAAGACAGAGUUAGGAUGCUUAAGAGCCAUUGUUUUGUUCAACCCAGAUGCUAAGAAUCUUGGAACUGUUCAGAAGGUUGAAGAGCUACGAGAGAAAGUUUAUGCUUCGCUGGAAGAAUAUUGUAGGAAGACUUACCCAGAUGAACCUGGUCGAUUUGCCAAACUUCUUCUCCGUCUGCCAGCUCUGCGAUCAAUUGGCCUCAAGUGUCUGGAACAUUUAUUUUUCUUCAAACUGAUCGGUGACACACCAAUUGAUACGUUUUUGAUGGAAAUGCUGGAAGCACCAAGCAGCAAUUGAAAGAUACAAUAUAUAUAUAUAAAACACAUGUCUGCUUAUUAAUUUUUUUUAAAUUUAGUUUCUCAAAAUUGUUUCUUCUGUCAUACAAAAUCGUUGUUCACCCCAAUCGGUGUAUAUCUAGUGGUUUAUUAUGUGCAGUAUUCCACUUUAAAUAGGGGUGGAAGGGGUUAAAAGAUUUCCCUGGCUAAGAGCUGGCAGUGAAAAUACAGUGCCAUACUUUUUGAUGUGUUCCCUCCACAUCUUGUGCUCAGUUGUCACCCCUGUGUUUGUAGUAGUUUGAACCAACUUCUAUCACUAUGGUUUGUACCAUUUUUAUGUGGGGGUGAUUACAUAAUACGGUGUUGAUAUAAUUUAGUAUCAAAUUUGAGUAAGUUGUAUAUGUAGCUUGAGUUGAUUUUUUUUUUAAACGAAGAAUUGAAUUUUGUGAUGUCUGAUGGCAUGCCAAUGUACAAAUGACUGAUUUAAAUUGGUCGCUUCGUAUUUCUGAAAUGUUUACAAACCGUCAGUGUCAUGUGGGAUUGCUGCACAUUUGAGGUUUUCGUAAAUCUGUUUGUGUGUUUUUCCCUGUUCUGCAUCAUACUCGCCUGUUAGCCAAGGUCAACUGUGAAAUUGGUUGCUCAAAAAGUGAACACUAACAGUUCCUGCUUCCGUCAGUAAGCUUGAAACCUUUAUUUAAAAAAAACACAAUCCAAACAUCUUCACACAGUUGCGUAGAAAUGCUGGCCAAUAAAUUAUUGUAAAUAUUACUGAUGGGGGCGCUAUAUUGAGUUUGUUAUAGGAAUGUGUAUGAAUUGGGCUAAAGCCAAAUUGAAAACAUGCUUGGUGAUAUCAUUAUGUUGGUUGUGGAAGCUCUGUGUAAUCCAAGUGCCUGAGUUAUCUUUUUUCAGGGAAAUUCUGUCACUGUUUAUAGUCGAUGGGUUUCAGAGUAAAACUUGAAAAAAUGUUUUUAAAACAAUUGUAAUUAUUACAAAAGAAAGGAAACAUUCCUGUGUGGAUUUACGAGAAAUAUGUUUCAUUAGAAAAAGUUUGCUCAUUAUCUUGAGCAAUCUGCACAGUACAGUUUACACAAGCUGGAUCCAUGAUCUUUUAGAUUUCCAGUGACAGUGUUUGUUUGUAUUUUUUGCCUAAACCAUUAAGAAUUAGAUUAAUUACAAGCUUUGGGUGAAAAGUAUAGGUUUUGAAAUGGACUUUUUUUUUUAAAAAAACAAAACAAAACAAUGUUCUACUAAAAAUGUACUGUUAACUAUCAUCAAUUGUUCAGGUUGAUUUGUCUGUCAAAGAAAAUGUAAAGUUUCAUGAUAAAAUGACUGAUUUGUAUAUUCUGUGAAUCACUACAUGUGUAUAUAGCCUGCACUCAGUGUUAAAGGAACCACGCUUUCCUCGCGUAUAAACUUUUAUUUAGUUUACAUUUAGAGUCAACAUCAUUUUCAAAAUUGUCAUUCGGGUUAACAUACCUCCAGAGCCUCUCUUUGGCACAAAAAUGUUAGUGCGCCCUCAACAUUCAAAUUAGUUUACUUUUCUCUCAUUGGUCUAUCAUGUUAGCAGAAAUUAGUAAUGUACGAUUGGUUUUAAUUUUUUUUUUAACCCGCCGAAGCGGUUGUGUUUUUACAUUUCUUAAACUAUCACUCAUUUAUCUUUCAAUUUAUUGUGGAAUUUAUUAGAUGGUUCAAUAAACUGGAAUUUGUUAUCUGUUGACAGAAAUAGAUAAUUUAUCGCUAAUCCUUUGCCAAACUUUCACUAAGUGAACGUGCAUAAUUUUCCUUAUUGUGAAUGGCUAAAAGUGCUAUAUAUUUAUGGAAAACUGUAAAUAUUCAUUAAGAGCCUUCAAAUUCAAAUAUUCAAUAGUGAUUGGCUCAAGAUCUUAACAUUGCUACAUUCAUGAUACACUCGCUCGCCUUCAUGUGACAUAGCAACUGCCGAUUCAAAAUGAAGCAUUUGCUGAUUGGAUAAAGUUGAACUAUAACUCGUUAAACGAUGAUGGUACAAUACCAUUUCUCGAUUGGUCAAUUUAAAGUCUUUAACAGCCAUUUUGAUUUGUAAAAAUUAAUAUUUCUAAAACUACCCCAGGUUUAUGCCGUUCACUGUAUAUCUAUUUUGUUCCGAAUUUACAAAAAUUAUAAAAUAAUAAUAAUGUGCCAAAUUGAUGGCAGGAACAAUAAUGGCAUUCAAAAAGUGAAAUAAUUAACAAGCAGUAAAAAAAAAAGUUUGAUAUUACAGUAUAUUAGCAAAAGCCGCUCAAAUUUUGCACUCCAGAGUAUUAUAUCUAGUCUAUUAGAAUCACUUAUAAACAGAGAGUUGCAUAUAUUGAAUACUGAAUCAUUGAAAAUGACUUUGUUCACGUCUGUAAUUAUUAGACAAUGGAAAUUGUUGAUUUCAUGAUUGUAUUUGCAAACAAGGUUAAUAAUCUUGAUACUGGCUUGUGCACAUUUUUCCCUUUUAGUUUUAACUCUGCUUUUGCAUACAAUAUAUCUGUUUAAACUAUUACUGAUAGUGAUUAUUCCCCCAAUGUGAACCAUACAUUCUGUAUUUUAAAAAUGUAACAUAAAUUGUAACCCCCCAAAAUGUAACGCUAAAUUCAAUGUUAUCUUUGUGUCAGUAAAAAGUGGAAUAUUCAAUAUAAAUAUAAUAGACCUUUGUAUUAUAUAUUAUAUAUAUAUAUAUAUAUAUAUACAUACAUACUUUGAGCUUUAUAUUUUUUUGCACCAUAGUAGAUCCCAGCUGUAUCUUUAUACUUCACUAAAUGAAUUAAAUCAUUUACUUUCGAUUUCAAGUUGUUUUUGUUUCCUGAGCCAAUUAAUGUUAGUAAAACUUGUAUACGUUGCAGAUAAAUCUCUUUAUAUAUUUAGAUAUUCUCUUUGCAUUGAAAAGUAAACUUUUUUGAAAAUUCCAUUUGUAGUAGUUUUUUUUUUUUUUUUUUUUGAUGAGGGAGGCAGUCGCAAUGUGUCAUUCUUCUUGGAUUCACAGGAGUGUAGUUUUUGUUUAGUGACUUCUCGCAGACAAUGGCACAUUGGUUGUGUUAAAGCAAUGGACUACAGUGCUUGUAUUUUAAUGUGAACGAAAAAGCAACCAGACCAAAAUUAUUACAAUUUAUAUAGGUCGCUGCUCAAUAGUGAUACCAUUAAGGUGUUGCAUUUGAACGAACAACAUUGCACCUUAGUUUACAAAUCAGCGAGCUAUAUUGCAAUUCUGUUGGUUGGAUUGCUUUUUCAAACAGUCAGUAUGUGUCAAUUACAAAUGAAAUACAGCCAAGUACAUGAUUAGUGGUCAGUUUCUCAGGAAAAGCCAUUUUGCAUGUGCUUUGGUGAGGCUGUUGAUUCCGAUAGGUUCUCUGAAAGAACCAUGAAUUCUGAUUGGUUCUCUGAAAGAACCAUGAAUUCUGAUUGGUUCUCUGAAAGAACCAUGAAUUCUGAUUGGUUCUCUGAAAGAACCAUGAAUUCUGAUUGGAUACUCUGUCCAGCGAUUCUGGCUUUUAAUUAGUUCUCAUUAAUUUUGUUGUUAUCUGUUACAUUAUUAUCAUGGUGUAACACCCAAUUCCCUGUGCAGGCAAUCUAUAAUAUUGGAGUGACAUAAAAAAAAAAAUCAGUUAACAAUUUUUUUUUUUUUUUUUUUUUAGCUAUGUAAAUAUGAAGCCUACUUAUCCUGGUAAUUUUUUUGAUUGAUUUAACGAUAAAUUGUGUGCGGG